AUGUCUCCGGUUGACGUCUCCGUGGCGCUGGCGCCGGCUGACCUCCAAGCGGUCCCCAAGCUCCUGGAGGACAUGACCAAGGACCUCGGGAAGCUCAAUGCGGAAGACCAGGAAGCCCGUCACGAGUUCCUGCUCAAGGCACGAACGCUCGUGCAGUCGCUCGAGACGCCCCGAGAGACCAUGAUCAAGCACUGCUGGGCCCAGGCUGGCGCUCUCGCUGGCCUCCAACUUGGCGUCGACACCGGUCUCUGGAAGCUGAUGGCCAAGAACGGCGACGAGCCGCAAAAGGUCGGCGAUCUCGCCGAUGCUCUCGGCAUCGAAAAGCCGCUGCUGAGCCGCAUGAUGCGCCAUCUCGGUGCCAUGGGCUACGUAGUCGAGGUCGGAGAGGACGUCUACAAGACUAACAACUUCUCCAAGUCGCUCAGCAUCCCCAUCAUCGGUGACGGAUACCUGCCAAUGUUAUCUGGUGGUUCCUGCGGAGCCAUGCGCUUCCCCGAAUACGCCCGCAAGAACAACUGGCGCGAGCCGACUGACGCGCACAACACAGCCAUGCACUACGCCUACAACACCAAGCUCGACUUCUUCGCGCGCCAGCACGAGAUCGGGUACGGCGAGCACUUCAACCACCACAUGGGCGGCUACCGCCAGGGCCGGCUCCCGUGGAUGGACCCGUCGUUCUACCCCGUCAAGGAGCGGCUCAUCGAGGGCGCCGACUCGUCCCCCGACGUGCCGUUCCUGAUCGACAUCGGCGGCAGCGUCGGUCACGACGUGUCGCAGUUCCUGAAGAUGUGGCCCGACCACCCGGGCAAGCUGGUCCUGCAGGAUUUAGGUGUGGUCGUGAACCAGAUCAAGGACCUCGACCCCGGCAUCCAGCGCAUGGAGUACGACUUCCACGCUCCGCAGCCGCUCAAGGGCGCGCGCGCCUAUUACAUGCACUCGUGCCUGCACGACUGGCCCGACAGCGUGUGUCUGAGCAUUCUGGGUAGGAUCAAGGAGGCCAUGAAGCCCGGGUACAGCAAGCUCCUAAUCAACGAGAACGUCAUCCCGACCGAGGACGCGUGGUGGGAGACGACGGCCCUGGACAUGGUCAUGCUGACAUACUUUGCGUCGCGCGAGCGGACGCGCACGGACUGGGAGAACCUCAUGGAGAAGGCUGGCUUGAAGAUCGUCAAGAUCUACGGCGGCGGCCAUGGGGUGGAGAGUCUGCUGGAGAUCGAACUUGCCUAG